AUGUCGACGGUCAGCCGGGAAAGAGCCAUUUUCAACCUGGAAAAUGAAAAGAAAGGCGAAAUCCAUGACAGGCACAGGAACGAUGCAAAUGUGACAAAAUUUAUUAACAUAAAAUGGAAUGAGGAUGCUUACUUAAAAUCGGAGGGAAGGGAUAAAUUAUGUACCUUGAAAGACUUGAACUGCAAUGGAGAUUAUUUAAUUAAACGGAAAAGGAAAAAGAAGAAAGCAAAUUUUGCUAUAAAAAAUAACGAACUAAUCUUGCCAAACAAGUAUGACUAUUUUUUAAAAAAAAACGACUGUUUUGCUAUCCAAAAUGGGAACAACAUGAGCUACAAUAUGGAGAACCUACAAGACAUUUACUACGUGUACAAGGAAAAUUCAGAUAUCUGCGAUUUGAUCAUCAAGAGAUACAACGAAAAUAUUUAUUUGAGUAUAUUUAACAACAUGCUGAUUAUCAUCAACCCACACGAGUGCGUGCGCCCCUUUUACAAAUUGGUGUUCAAAACGAAGAACAAAAAUAAUUAUAUAUUUAGUUCAUUCAUUAAUUAUACGUUACAGAAGAAGCUGGGCAAAAGUGACUCCGAAUUUGAGUCGCAGGAAAAUUCGGAUGAUGCUUCUGAUGGCAAUUAUGCAGAAGAUGACAAAAAUGUGUUUAGCUACUUGAGGCAAAAAAAAAUGUAUCUGGGCAGAGGGAACAUCUUCGAUUUUGACAAGUUUAAGAAGAAGAGAAAAAAGUACUUAAUGGAAUUGAAGAAGGAAUUAUAUAUGAAAAGCAACGAUGAAAUGGCGCAAGUACACAAAGAUUCUUUGGGCAAUGAUAGAAUAGAUUUUAAUGAGCUCUUCAACAUUAGGACCUACCCGCGGUGCGCUUCUAUGGACGGUUAUGACAGUGACACCCUCGGAGGUUCUAUGCGCGGUUCGAUUAGUUAUUCGCAUGGAGGCUCUGCCGGGGGCACUUUUAGCGGCACGGUUGGGGGGACUUCAAACGGAACUGCAAAUGAUGCUGUUAGCGGUACUGGUAACGGCUCCGUUGGGGGGCCCACGAGCGAUGGCCUGGACCAGGGCAGCGCCGCCGCUUCCAACUCGGGACAAAGCUACGUACACAGCAGGAGCGGUUACCAACCAAGGAGAGUGUCCAAGAGGUCCAUCCACUCCAGAAAUUAUAACAACCUGGUUGAUUCCAAAGAUCCUCAGCUUAGCACGUCAAAUCAUGGAAACAAAUUAAUCUUCAUAUGUGGAGAAACAAACAGCAACCAAAAUGUAGUAAGUACUUAUGUAUUUAAGCAUAUAAUAAAGAAGGGGAAAAACAAAGAAUUGUAUCAUGCGUACAAAAACGUUAUGAAUGUGCUUAACUUAUUUUUUAAUUACAAAUGCUACAACUUUGUCAUACAUCUCAGCAGUAAGAAUAAAUUGCUAUAUUUCAAUGUCCUUCCGUGCUUUUUAAGUGACCAAAGCAAUGUGACAAAUAUUUGCACCAAAAUGGGGAACUUCUUGGAGAGCCUGAAUUGUGCAGAUGAGCAGGGCAAAAAGAGGGACACAAAAAAGGGGUACGCAAAAAAGGGGUACGCAAAAAAGGGGGGCGCUAAAAGUAGCCACGCACAUCUUCGGGAUGAUCAUCACAAAAUGGAUCACUCCGAAAGUAGCAGCGACGGGGGAAGGAAAUCGGGGCGAGGGGAACAAGGGACUUCCAACAAAUAUGAGCACAGGAAGAAGAAAAAAAAAAGGCACAAAAAGGCACAAAGAGGGGGAGAAUUACAUGCAAAUUCGAAUAACGACUCCGAUAGCACCGUUGCAGAGCGCACAAAGCACCACGAACAGCGACGCAAAAAGGGAAGAGGAAACGAGAACGAAAUUUUUAAUAUACCCUACAUAUUCUUUUUCCUUCUCGGAAGCACCCUGCUGGAUAGCUCUAAUAAAUACUACAAGCACUUAAAAUUGCAUCCACUUGAUAUAAAAAAAAUUUAUAAGAAUUAUGUAGACGCCCCUGCCGACAUAGAAAUAAAGGAAUCCGACAUAAACAGAACGUUUGAUUAUUUCCUAGAACUAGGAUUCACACAAGGAGAGAUCCUCUCAAUGAUUAAGUUAAACUUUGCACUAAUUUUUAUCAAUAUAUAUAUCACCAUAAGGACAUGUUUGCACAAAAAUGAGGAAGAAACACUGAACUUCCUGCAUCUGCAGCUUAUUAAUGUGCAGGACUAUAAAAAUUUUGUAAAGCCAAACACGAUAAACAGAGAGGGGAGAAAAGCCUCAUCGGAUUAUUCAAAUCAGAGUUUUUCAAAUAUUUUAAAUUUUAGAAAUGAGAAAUAUCUGAGCAGCGAUUUUAGCUCCAUUACGGAUGAAGAAAAAAGCAUAAGUUGCAUUAGGCAGAUUUUGCAGAAUGUGCGUACUGAAGAAAAGGAGACCAAAGUGCGCAUCUUCAAAAAUAGGAAGAUGCGCGACCCGUUGGAACAGAACUUGGAUAAUAUGCACUUCAGCAAUAACAGUCCUCUAAGAAUCGACAGAGACGACAAUGCAGGAACGAGAGGGGAGGAAAAAAGCGAUGAAUCGAAUAGGUACGAGAAUCACAUGUACACAAAUACGACGAGAAGAAGUAGAGAGAGAAAGAAAAAAUCAAAUUAUUUCAUAGUAUUCGCAGGACAUAUAAUGGAGGAAUACAUUGCUUUCUUACUAGGUGUAGAUUUAAAGGGGAUGAUCAAAAUUUUAAAUAAUCAGAUAAGGCUCAGAAAUUUAUGUUCCACUAUAUUUUUCAGAUUAAAAGUUAGGAUAGUAAAACAAAUUAAUGAGUACCUUAGAACUUACUUCCUGAAUGGUACCGUUACCCACUCCUUGUAUGUGUAUAGCAAUACUGGUCUGACUGCAAACAUCUCGGAAGAAAACAAAAAUAAAAAUGCGAGUGGACAUAAAAAAUACAACAACUUAUCCCAACUUAUUAACAACAUAUAUAACGAAAUAUUGCACUAUUAUUAUUUGAAAAUGUCCAUGUUCAACAUGGAUAGCUAUCUCGUGCAUACAAUAAAAGCAUUAAAGGAGUCGAGGGAAGAAAACGAUAACUACGACUCCGCCAUAGGAAGCACUGUGGAGAAGUAUAGAGAAUUCAGUGAUCACAUCUGUAGAGGUUGUAUAAUCAGUUCCUACAUUUCCCAAUUUGGAAAAAAUCCCAUCUUACAUUUGCUAGAAAAAUAUACAUACAAAUUUUUACGCACCGUGGAAGAUUGCCAAGAGGUAAAGGAAAUAAGCCCAUCCGUCGUCAUAAAAGCAGAGUAUUACAAAAUGGUGUACCUAUAUUGUGUAGAAGUUUCACGUGUAGUGAGGCGCCUUACUGAAGGGGUACAUUCCAAAAGGAUUUGUGAUCAAGGAGAUAGCGGCAAUAGUAGUGAUAGCUUCGAAUGUAGUGGCAGGCGCGAUCGUGGUGACCCCCCCGUGGGAACCAUCCAUUACAAGAAGGAUAAACGGAGAAAGAGCAAAAUAAAAUUGUCUGAUGAGGAGUAUGCAGAAAAAAUGCUACUAAGGCUGAUGGAAGAGAUCGCCAAAGGUGAUAAGAAGUGGCAUGGAGGUCGAGGCAAUCUGACAGGAAGAAGGAAAAAAAAAUUUUUUCCAUAGAUGAUUCUGGAUAAUGCCAAAGAUUUGUGUGCACUGAAUGACACUAUAGAAAUCAUAGAAAAGAGUGAAAUGAAAUUUUUAAGAAAAUUAUUUUUCGAAAAUUCGUUUCCGCUAAAGAAUUUUAAGAGCAACUUUUUAUACGACGAAAUUUGCUUUUUCUCCAGUGUCAUAAAAAAUACAUAUGAGAAAUUCUUCGUGCUCGUUUUAAAUGAGAGGGAAAGAAAAAGGCAAGAUACAUUCCUAGUGCCUAAAUACAUGACCAAAUAUGCGAGGGACAAUGGCAGAGGUUUGAAUGCUUAUUAUGGUGGGAGAACAUCUCGCAGCAGCAGCAGCAGUAGUAGGCAACAAAGGGAAGAAAUCAACGAUUUUUCUGAACUGAAAAAAAAAAUAAACAAGGAACAUAUCAAAUCUGUUAUAGACAUGCUAAAUUUGAAACGAAUUUUUAACUAUCAGUUGAAGUAUCUGUAUCAUAGUUUGACCUGCCUAGACUUUAUUAAGAAGUAUUUGCUAUUCUGUAUCCACGUCAGCCGAGAUUGGGACUUGAUUAAGCUCGUCAAUUAUUAUGAGCUCAGGUAUAAGAAGAGGAGGGAGAACAACUGUGUCAGAGGUGAGGGGAGGGCUGAACAGGGGGAAAAACAUGCAGGCAUGGAAGCUCAUACUAAUGUGCGUGAGACCGUUCGGGAAGGUGCAAAUGAGGAUGGAAGUGUUAAAGAAAGUGCUAAUGGAAAUGACGCCUCUAGCUUUGAUGGGGACGUGGCCCCCAGCUCAAAUGGGAAUGAUGUUACUAACCCAAGGGGAAACCUCGCCCCCAAUGCAAGUGAAAACGCCUCUUCCAACCUAAGUGGGAAUGACGCCCACAGCUCCAGCGAAAACGCCGCUCCCAACUCAAGUGCAAGCAAUGAGGGAAAUCUGGUCGGAGGAGGAGCUUUGACCAAGCAAGAGAAUAUCCCACACAGCCAUGCACCCAACAAGAAAGAAACCACAAAGAACGCAGAAAUUUUCUACUACUUAAACUACCUAAACAUUCAGGAGAAAAAAGAUUUAUGCACAAUAAUUUUGUACAACUUUAACAUAUCAAAAAAUACGUUUUAUUUCCGGGAUUUUAUUUUCCUAAGUAAAUAUAUUUACUUUAUUUUAGAAAAUUUGAGAGCCAAGUAUAUAAAAUCGAUAGUGCCUUACGUCCGCAAAAUUGAGAAUUGCUACUUGUCGUACAAAAAUAGGAAAAUAAAAUUCUUCCUUAGAGACAAAAUUGUUGUCAUUCAAAACUACAUGAGGAGGUUCCUAUUUCUCGAAAGGAUGAAAACAAUGGAGAGAAGGAAAAACUUAUUUGUAUCAUUUAUCAUAUUUUAUAGUUACAUUGUAAAAAACAAAGACUUUGACGAAACGAAGGAGACGUUGGAGUUGUGUAAGGAGAAUUUCAUGAAGAAUGAAAAAAAGCUAAUUCGACAUGCAGCUAGUGUAUACAUUCAAUCGUGGUAUAGAAAAAUAAUGCAGCAAAGAAAAUAUAGAGAGUUAAAAAAGGAACUGUUUCAAAAAAAGGCGAUAGAAAAUAUUAACAGCGCCAUUAGAACAUAUCUCGUUCAGGUAAAAAUUGUAAAAAAUUUAAAUGAAAUAAUUAUCCCUAACAAAUCUGCCCUUUUAAUUCAAUCCUACUUUAGAAGAUACAUGUGUCUUAUAAAUUUCCAGAAAAAACUAUUUUUAAAAAUUUGCUUCUUAUCUAUUAAGAGAAAGUACUUGUCCUACUCUAAUGUCCUCACUAAGGUGAAUUACCAUUACUUGAUAAAAAAUAUAUACAGUAGAAAUAUCAUUCAGAGUCAGUUUAAAAUUCCAGAAGCGGUGAUUAAAAUUCAGAGUAACUACAAGGCAUAUGUGGUGAGGAAACAGUUCACCAUGCUGAUAAACGCCAUAUACUUCACACAGGCUUACAUACAUACAUGCGUAGAAAGAAUCAGAUAUAACAAAAUGAAGAAAAGCAUAAUUCUAAUUCAAAGGUGGUGGAAAAAUUUUUAUAAAUUAAAAAACAUCUUCUCACAAGUACAGUUUAACAUGUACGGAAGUGAGUAUGACAAGAACAAGUAUUUCUUUUUACAAAAAAUAAUUUCCCAUUUUACAAAUAUUACAUCUUGAAUGUUUCAGAAAUGUACUAAUAAUAGUCAGAAUACCAUUUUUAACAUUCCCGUUUUUGGGUCCAUACAAAUAUUCGUUGGGAGAACCCACACCAUUCUGUUAAUCAGCCAAAGUGUUAUCAGUGAGCCUGUUGGUGAUGCCCAAGACGGGUUCACGACCACCAUGCGGAAGAGUAACACUUAUGGGGAUCGGAAGAACUACUACGCCAAGUUUGUGUACAGCUUGGGUUCGAAUGACUACGGACAACUCGGCUAUUACAAUUUGUUUGAGAAAAAUUUUAUCUACAACACGAGCGGCGCUGCGCGGGAGUCCCAGUGUGCAGCGGAAAGCACACAGAACGAUGUGGCGGGCAGCAUGACGAGUAGCAUGACGAACGGCACAGUGAACAAUCUAGCAAACGCAGUGGUGAACGGUCAGAAGAAUCCGCUCCCUCCAACGUGUUCGAAGCAAAUUCAGCCAAAAGGUAAACGCCGCGAAGGGAAAUGCUUUCCCCUGGGAAGGAGCAAGGAUAGGAUGAACUUCUCAGAUCAUAGUCAAAGAAGAUGUAGCUCCACCUGUGAUACCACGAAAAGGGAAAGUACUUUCAGCAGUGUGGGACCCCCUUCAGAAGAAAACAAAAGUACCGCUUCUCACCUGAGAAGAAAUUCGAGAUCUACCCAAAACGGGAAAGGCAGCUCUUCACCACCCGAAAAGGAGAAAAAAAAUGAGAAAAACUACACAGAGCACAGUUUAUGUAGCAAGUAUAAGAAAAAUAUCCAACAUUUAAUUUUCGAGCACAAACGUAAAUUCACAAUUAAUAAAAAACUUUUUUCGAACACCCAUGGGGGGGAGUCCAUGCAGGACAUUAUAGAUUACCAAAUAAUAGAUAAAAAAAAUGCUAAGGGGGAAAAUGAAAAAAUCGUGGAAUUCACCAAAGUGGUAAGUGAAACAAAUAAAAUUGCAAACAUUAGUUGUGGGUCUGAACAUACAUUAGCUCUAUCAGAAAAUGGAAAUGUAUACUCCUGGGGAAGUAACCUAUUUGGACAAUGUGGGCAAAAAUAUGAAAGAAGUAUAGUAAGAUAUCCUAAAAUAAUAAAACAUUUUUUAAAAAACAAAAUUAAGAUUAAAAAUAUUAGCUGUGCAUCUUAUCAUAGUGGGUACAUUUGUAGAAAGGGUGACCUCUACAUGAGUGGCAAUUUCUUUUUUAUCAAUUUGAAAUAUUUUCACGAGAAUGUAUACGAACCCGUGUUUUUAAUAUCUGGGUGUCACACAAUUCUUUGUAAUGACAGCUACAAUGUGUGCCUAAGGAGCGAUAAAAGUUCUUUGUACAUUUGGGGGAAUAAUUACAAGUGCAUCUUAGGGUUAAAUAAAAAGAAGUUAAGAAAUCUCGAUGAAAUAUCGAUCUACCCGUUGACUUUCCUUUCGCCAAAUAUUAGCGUAAUCAAAAUUGCAUGUUCUGAUAAUUUUGUCUGUUUGAUUGCGAAGCCUGGGAAUACUAAACAUUCAGUAUACAUGUGGGGACAAUUUGCGCUUAUCGAAAAAAGAGAAGAAAGCUCCUCCCCCGUAGUCACUCACACGACUAACGUUUUUAACAAAUUCAGGAUUAAACCUAACAUGAACAAUUUGCGAAGUCCCGAUCCGAGGAGUGAAAAUAAAGGUGGAGACGACGCCGUCGAACGGGGGAAAAUAAUAUUCAUUGCGAACCCCUCCCCCGUUCAUGACCCCCUGUGGGAUGCUGUGGAAGCGAUCGAUGUGUGCUGCGACUUGGACGAAAUUCUGGUCCUAAUGAACAACCUCUGCUUGUACGGAUUCAGCGCAGUCGAAAUUGUCAACAGUGGUGAUAAAAAUGCGAAAAAGAAGGAAACGAAUUUAUCUUACUCCUACUACGGAAGAAGAGAGAUGGAGCAAAAAAAGGAAAAGAAAAUCAUAUACGAAGAACCAGAAAUUUACGAUAAUAUAACACUUUUAAACCCAUCCCUCUACAUGUUUAAAUAUUUCAAGCCGUCCUACUUCAACAUAAAGAAAAUUACUUGCAGUUACAGUAGGAACAGCUUAUCAAUUAUGAAUGCAACAAUGGGCGAGUACGAAAUUCCCACUGUUGUCAAAAAGAUGGAAUUCGUCACCCCCUCGGGUGAUGUUAUGCAAUUCCCUGAAAAAAUACGAGAGGCUAUAUUAGCCAACGCGAAAAGGGAGUCCAACAAAUGGAUUAAGUCAACGGAUGAUCCCUACAUAAACCAUUUCCUAAUAAAAAAUUCAAGCGACUCGGACAGUGUUAAUUGA